UCUUGAGAUGGUGAGAAGAUGCGAGAGCCCAAAAGUUCACGUCUCUUUUUGCCACCUUCAACAAGAGCAUGUAUAAAGUGAGUCAGACCAGACUGACAGGAAUAGAAGGAGGAGUAGUAGAAAAGAAAGAAAGGAGGGAGGUAAAUCAGACAUAAAACAUCAGAGAGGCCAAAUAGUCACGCUCUCUGGAUACAGAGUGACAACAGAAGGUGAGGGAGCUAACAGGUGAAGGACUGCAAGAAAGUAGAGUUAUGAUGCAAAGGACAGUGAAGUCACUCUUCUUUUUGGUAAUCUUUCUCAUCUGUUUGGCGAGCAUGCUGAGAACUCUCAUCUGGUCCAUGGUUGACAAUAACACCAUGGCACCUCUCAAGCCACCUCGCCACAAGAAACAACACCCUGGGCCUGCUGAACUCUGUGAAGGCUGCAAGGUGGCCAUUGAAAAAGUAAAAAAUGUAACCUCUCAAACCUGGAAGAAGAACGAGUACAAUUUCGAAAAAUUAAGAUUACAGCUGAAAAGCCAGUGCAAUGGCUCUGAGAAGGCCAUCAUUACUCAGGCCAACACUCCGCUGGGAUCCAAAAUUAGGUACGACGGGGAACAGUCGAGGACUCAUGAGGUGAAAUUGAAGACUUUUAACACCUUUGUAAAGGUGCGUCCGUUUCAGCGUAAAACAUAUGAAACAUGUGCUGUUGUUGGGAAUGGCGGGAUCCUGCGCGACAGCGGCUGUGGAGAGGAGAUCAAUUCAGCUCAGUUUGUUAUCAGGUGUAACCUACCUCCCUUGGACAACGGCUUUGAGGAAGAUGUGGGCAACAAGACUGACCUGGUGACAGCAAACCCAAGC